GAUUGAGAGCUGUGCAACACGUGCAUAGAUCUACUCUCUCAGCCACGGCGAGCAAGCAAUACGGCAUGUUUGUGAUUUUGAAUACGAUCACAUAUACGAGCUUUUAAAAGGUUUUAUCGUAAUUUAAAAAAUAAUACGAGAUGUUACUAUAUUUUUAUAUAGAUAAAUAAUUCCCCGAGUUUCGUAAUUUUGUCAAAUUAAUGAGAUAAAAAUUACAUCUAGUGACAAUCUAUCCCAGCCACAUGAAGUUUAUCGUCGGUGCAUAUCGUCUGCUGCUAUUCGUUGAGUUGCCUUCAGGUUCGGAUUACAUUCACUUGUUUGUGAGGGCUACUCUUGAGUACGAGAAAGACCAGGCCCAGCUUUACUCACAACUAAAAAAAUACAAGCAAGAUCGUGAUGUGGCUUCUCUAGUCAACACCCUAAAAGACCUUCUAGCCUCUCCUGAUCGGGUCAUCCUCUUCGAUGACAUUCGACCUUUUGUGUCGGUCAACCAACAGGUGGAAUAUAACAAUCUAUGUCCAGUACCGCCAAGCAAGAAAGCUAGUCUUGUUCACCUGACCCGACGUGGUGGCGAACCUCUGGGGUUCAAGUUCCGAGGAGGUCUCGAGCACGGGAUCGGUCUGUUUAUAUCCGAGGUGACCCCGGGAUCACAAGCAGAGAUCAAAGGCCUGAGGCCCGGUGAUGAGAUCAUUCAAGUGAAUGGGUACAAUGUUUCUCAGGUCACCCACCAUGAGGCCCUAGCAGCCAUGAAACUAAAGAAGAUGCUUACACUCAAGAUAAAAGGAAUUGGAUUAGUUCCCAUCAAAGACACCGGGUCGGAUCCUGUUUCAUGGCAGUUUGUAAAAACCAGACAGUGUUCACCCGAGCGAUCCCCAGUGACGGAGAUUACCCCCUCCUCAACCCGCAACAUCAUAGCUAAGGAGCGCACCGUGUUCGUCAACCUAGAAGGGGGACAAAAAUUAGGGUGUGGCAUUAGCAGUGGCAGGACCAAUCGCCCUGGUAUCUUCAUACACAAGGUUAACCCAGGCACCCUGGCAGAGAAACUGGGAUUCCAGGUAGGUGAUCAGAUCAAGUCUGUGAAUUCGACAAGUUUCGAUGACGUCUCCCACGCCGAGGCUCUGAUGGCUCUUAAGAGCAGUGACCAUCUCAACAUCGUGCUCAAGUCAUGGGAGGAGGAUGCAAUCCAGAUUGAACCAGUUCAACCAUCCCCUCACAUCAAGGAUGCGGACGUCCCCAUGACAACGGCGGUGGUAUCCGGUAGCGGUACCGGGGAUGCGAUCCGGGCGGCCGGUUUAGAGGAUGAAAAGCCAAAGCCGACACCAAAGCCUACUGAAAAACAGCCAGAAUGGUGGACCAAAGAUCCUUACUCCAUGUUCACGACCCGUCAAAUCGAUGACCGAACACUGAAGAAGGUGGAGAUCGUCAAGGAUGGACCUCUCGAGAUGUACCUGGAGGGGGGCUUGAACACACCCCUUCUAGGCAAAGUGGUGGUAGCAGAGGUGCUUGAGGGGGGUGCGGUCGCUAAGAGUGGAGCUAUAAGCAAAGGUGAUCAGAUCUUGAUGCUCGAGGGCAAGAAACUGAUCGACGUCACGUUGGAAGAGGCCCAGGUAACAUUCAAAGAACACAUGAAAGGAAAACUUGAUGGAUCUCAGAAACUCAGGAUGAUAAUCGCUGUGGCACCUGCUAAAAAUUAUGAAGAUGAAGUCACUUUCUUUUAGGAUUCUUAAGGCAUUCAUUGACGCCGACAGUGGGGCAAGAAAUAAAAGAAGCAAAUCAAUGGCGUCGACAUACAUUGCAAAUCUUGAAUCUACACCUUUGAAAAGAAUUGUGAAGUAUUUCAAACAUCAGAACCAAUAGAAUCAUAAUGCACCAUAUAACAUAAAAAUAUGUGCAUGAUUUGAUUUGAUAUCACGUUAUUGGAAUCAUGAUUGUAUUCAUUUUGAAUAUCAAUAAAUAACAAGGAUUGUUAUUUAACGACCCAUCAUUAUUUUUAUCAGUUUACUACAACACUCGGGUUUGCAGAUACAUCUUUUCCUCCAUUGUUUAAUGUACGCAGUCGGGUACAAAAGUUAAAAAGUUACAAUAUGACCAUGAUGGUAACAAAAGUCAUUGAUGAUGUGACAAUGACAAAUGUAUUAGACUGCCGUUUCAUGGGAUGAAAAAUAUUGUCACAGAUUAAAGGAAUAAAUUAUCGUACAAAGUAAUAUAACGUACAAAGUAAUAUAACUUACAAUUACGAUUAACGCAUAUAUAAUGUUUUUCACUUCUCCAUUUUUACAACACUCAAAGGUAUUUAAAUGGGUACAUUACCUAGUACGAAGCCUUGCCUAAUAUCAAAUAAAGAAUACAAUAUUUUGUUGUAAAGCAUCGUAAUUGUUUAUCUUUACAUCUUUAUAGACCAUGAUAUUUUUGUGAAUUGUAAACUUGUUAUUAUGUCAUCAGCAUUGUGUGUAUUGUGCAUUGUAGUAUUCAAGAAAGUGUAUUCAAGAACCGAAGUUGUAGAACAACUUUGAAAAGGUGUACUCAUACUUUGUUUUUACAUUACGUGAUAUUAUAUAUUAUUUUUAAUCAUUUGUAAUUAUCAUAUUGGACCAAAAUCUACGAGGUGCUAAGAUUACUUGUCAUAGUCAUGAUAGUGAAUAUUUUAUAAUCAUCAGUAUGCUAUAGAAACUUAAUUGGUUUUAUUUCAUUUUUCAACAAUAAAGGGGUGUUUAAGUAUUCAUGUAUAACAUAUAAUUACAUAUAACUACGAAACUGCGCUUCGCGUCUUUUAAAUUUUCCUUAAUCAAGCCUUCAAAAUUUUAUUUAAUCUUAAAGGAUCUAACUCACCUGGUAAAAAUGCCUCAGCGCGUCACAGUGUUGUCAAAUAAUGCAAAAAUUAAUAACAGUUGUGAAAGUCUUUUUUGUGCCCUAAAGAGUAUACCGAAGUGAUGACGUCACAAUUUUUAUUUUGCAUUUCAGCGAGUUUUAUACCAUAUUUUGGUAGAGUAUGAUGAAAUACAUCGAAUACCAAAAUUGGGUGGGAAUCGGUCUAUGGGAGCCUUAGAGAUGACCCAUGGAUACAUAAUUAGCCCCAUUAAAGUUAAUGUAUUAUUGGCCUGGUUCCUAACAUUUAGAACCAGGCCAAUAAUACAUUGAUUUCAAUGGAGCUAAUUGAUUCAUGAGGUCAUAUCUAAGGCCCCCGUCGACCAAAUCCACUAAAUUUUGGUUGUGGAUGUAUUUCAUCAUACUCUACCAAAAUAUGGUAUCAAAAACGCUGACAUACAAAAUGGGAAAAUUGAUGAUGUCAUAAUUCGGUACUCUAUUUUAUCUCUCGUUUCGAAUUACCCUUGAUAAAUCCUUUGAGAAUUAUCUAAUCUUUAAGAAUCAAGCUCACUUAAAUUGACAACAAAGCUCUGUGGUAUCACAAUGCUGUCAAAAAUAAAUAACAUUAAUAUAAAUCAGUUGCUGAAAGUCUUGUUUCGUGUCUUAUUUUAUCCCUCCUUUUUGAAUUAUCCUUGAUGAAAGUUUCAAGAUUUAUUUAAUCUUUAAAGAUCAAACUCAUUAAAAUUGGCCACAAAAAAAAACCUCGUCGCGUUACAAUGCUGUCAAAAGUAAAUAUCAAUAAAUCAGUUGCU